AAUCUAAUUUUGAAAUUCUUGAAAGCUUCAAAUUUGUCUCCAAAGGACACGGACAAGUUGUUGCAAGAGACUAGCUCCCACAAUCUCCUAAACCGGACCAAUUCAAAUCAAACUAAACCGAUCAUGUCAAGUAUUUAAAGGAGAAACAUGAAAAGAAGAUCUCUCUAAGCAAAAGAAAAUAUGGGUGUACUUGAAAACCUAUGGGACGACGUUGUGGCUGGUCCUCGGCCUGAAGCCGGUGGCCGUGGCCAUCUCCGGCGAAUCUCCACCGGCUUAACUAGCUUGAACAAUACCACAGAAGGAAUGUCAGUGGCCGGAUCGGUAUCUCUUCCGGCGAGUCCGGCUACUCCGGUGACACCAGGAUCUGGUCGGAAAGUAGAUGUGUGGAGGAGUGUAUUUCAUCCGGCAAGUAAUGUGACUACAAGGGAGAUUGGUGCUAAUGUCUUUGACAAACCCUCUCAUCCUAAUUCUCCAACGGUUUAUGAUUGGAUGUAUAGCAACGAGAGCAGGAGCAAGCACCGUUGAAGCUUACCAUUUAUCAACGAACCGUCAAAUUAAUAAAUCAAGACUUCAUAA